AUGGCUACCCCUUGUGAAUUGGUGUUACCCUAUAGGGAGUUGGACCAACAAUGUGCCAAGGUAUUGGUCUUUCCAUAUGGAAAUCGGUUAAUACGCUCGCUGCCUUUACAGGAAAACCACCAGAAGGUUCUGAUAGACGACAUCAAUAGUAGAUAUGAAAAUUUUUAUGUUCUUGUGAUGACAAAAGAAGUUUCUAAUCUACAAGGGGCAGUUGGCACUGUAAUUCAAUGGUCGCGGAUUGCAAUUAUUUUAGCAAAGGUACAAAUGGAUUAUCCUUUACUUUUUAAGGAUUCUUCAUUCAAUGGUUCAGACAUGUAUGAACAAAUGUGCUUUCUUGAACCCUUAUAA